GGAAAAAUAAAGUUUACAGCACCGUACAUGAGUACUUUUAGAAUUAAAGUACAUUUUCAUCUUCGCGCUUCGUUCGUGUAUAACACAUAUUCAUUCGGUAGUGUGCGUGCAUAAUAAAAGGCUGCUAAAAAAGUUAAAAUUAAAGUUUCUAAGGAAAUCGUUCCUUAAGAAAGUCUAAUUACAUAAAUAUCAAUGCAUUAAGUCAUUUAGCAUAAGAAUAACAUAAAGUUUCAUUUAAUAAGUCAGUAGUUUAGGAGGAAAAGUGAAUUAAUAAAAAAAAAAAUUUGAUUGAGAGAAAAAUUGCAUUUGUAUUGAUGAAAUUUAUGUUGAAUUUUCGGCAAAAUUGUUAAAUAACUUGGAAAUGGCAGAAACAAUGGAAAUUCAAGGAACGAGCGAGAAACAGAUAUUAUCACCGCAUAAUAAUGAUCAAUUCUUUGAUGCCGAGGAUGAAGGGCAUAUUAAUGAAGCAGUGGAUAAUGAGGAUGAUGAUUUUCUAAAGAAACUAGACGAGGCGAUUAAUGAUGAGACUAUACCGGCUGUUACAGAAAAGAUUGUUAACGAGCCACCUUUAAAAAAAGUUUGUCUUGAAAAUAAAGAAAAUAUCGAUGAAGACGAUAUAAGAGAAACAUCAUUAGAGGAUAUAGAAAAGCUUUUAAAAGAAGAAGAUUCGCUUUUAGAGGGCGACGAUAAUAAUCAAAAUACUGAUGUGAAUAGUGAAUUUGAGGAAAUUUUAAGCUCAAUCCAGAAUGGAGAUUCAUCAAAUUUAAAAAUAGUUGAGAAUACUAACGAAACAGAGAAAAAAGAACAGCCAUCAAAACCAGCAGAACUUACAAGAGAAGAAUCAAACGAACUUUUAUUGGAACUAUGUGAAUCUCCAACAGUACAAGAUGAACAGCUAUCAAAUGAUACUGGAUCUAAUCAAGGGGAUUCUAAUGAAGAAGAAUCUAAUGAAAGUGACAAAAAUAAGGACGAAGACGAUGAACAAAAGGAUACAGAAGUAAGCCAAAAUGAUCCUGCUGUUGAGGAAAAACCUAAAGAUGAUAUUGUCAACUUAGAAGAAUCAGAUUCACUAGAAUCAUCAAUAAAGAUUGAUGAAAGUGAACCAAAUACUCAAGAAACUAUCGAAUCAGACCAAAAUGAUCAGAUUGAGGCACAAUCUACAAAUGAAGAAGAUGGAAACUUUAAAGUUCCGGAGAGUAAAGCAGCAGAGGACGAAAAAAUGAAUAUAGAUGACAAUUCAGAAUAUCCGACAGAAUUAGAAAGUCAAGAAACGAUUAAAACUAUAGAGACAGUUGAUUCUAGUUCACAAGAAGAACCAAAAGACAAAGAGGUAAAAGUGGAAGAAAAACCUAAGGAAAUAGCUAUCGAGACAGUAAAAAAGGAAGAAGUCAAAGUGAAAUUGAAUUUUAUGAGAAAAUUUGCUACAACAAUCGGAAAAUUGGCACGAUCUGAAUUGGAAGAGCUUUUGCUUGAAAAAAUUACAGAAUCGAUUGUUUUUCGGUCAGAAUCAGCAGAACUUCGUACAAAAUGUGAGAAACAGGACGAAAUUAUUGAUAAUUUGAAACAAAGGAUUGGUUCCAUCACAAAACAAUAUAAUGACUUGGAUAUGAUUCAUAAACGAAUAAUUAAAGAUUUGAAGGAGAGACCUGAUCAGCCCAUAACACCUGUUAAAAUCACGCGAGCUGUUGGACUUCAAGUUUAUCAGCCAAACAAUAGUAAUCACAGCAAUAAUCUCAAACCGAAAGUAACAUCAACAACUAAUAAACCUACAGUCAAGAGACCAAAUGAAUCUGAUCUGAGUGACAAGGAAGCAGAGGCAAAACGAAAGAAGUCUAAUAAAAUUAUCACACCAAUGAGACCACCAUUAUCGGAAAAAGAAAAGGCAACACUUGAGAAGCAGGAAGCAACAAUUGAACAAAAGAUCCGCACAAAAGUUAUCAAACCUGAUGGAGUCAGUUCUCCUUCUUCCACAUCUGCAAAACCCAAUGGAAUGACUAAGAUGCAAAGCGUGGAAAGAAGUCAAUUGAGCUCCACACAAAGCAUAGACUUGACAGAUGAAGAUGAUGCACCAUCAACGAUACUGACUCAACAACCCCCAGCAUUAGUCGCCAUACAAAAGAAUAGUUUUAUGUCACCAAGAGGUUUAAUGAGGCCCGUUUCGUCUGUCCGAGGACCAUCGCCAAAUAUUUUGAGUAGACAAGGUCUCGUGCGACAUCCAGCACCGCUUCCCCAAAUACCAGUGCAACAGAAUCAUCCAUCGAUGAAGAAAAUUCCUCCAAGGCCAACAAUCAAAAUAAAUAAUGUUCAAAAUGGAAUCAUUGUCUCGUGGACUGUUGAUACUCUAACUCCUGAACACGCAGAAAUUCAUAGCUAUCAGAUAUAUGCAUACGAAGAAACAAGGUCAACUCCAACAACCGAAUCGUGGAAACAUGUCGGAGAUGUAAAAGCUCUAUUGCUUCCUAUGGCAGUAACAUUAACUCAAUUUCAAGAAGGUCAAAAGUAUCAUUUUGCAGUAAGAGCUGUCGACAUCCACCGACGAAUGGGACAAUUUUCUCUGCCAAAGACAUGGUAGAUUUUUUUAACCUUAUUAAUUUUAAUGAUUUUUAAACAUAAUUCAAAUUGUUGCAUAGCUUGUAAUUGAAAUAACAAUAAAAAAGAUAUGAUAAAUUUAAUCAAAUCAAC